AUGGUAACUUCCUGGAUUCUUAAUUCCCUUGCAAAAGAAAUUUCUGACAGUGUUGAGUAUGUUAAUGAUUCAGUGGAAUUAUGGAGAGAAUUGGAAGAUCGAUAUGAUCAAACGAAUGGUGCGAAGCUGUAUCUGAUUCAAAAGGAGAUCAAUGAUCUUGUUCAAGAGUCUUUGGACAUCACUGCCUAUUACACACGAAAGAAGUUAUGGGAAGAAUUGAGUAAUCUCAGUGCCAAAUCCCAGUGCACCUUUUCUAAUGGGCUUGAACGGGGUCUACACAACAAGGCGAGGAAGCAUUUUAAUGAUGAAACCCCUACCAUCCUUGGCAUAGGCCUUCUCCUGUUAUUGCAAGAGGAAAAGCAAAGGGAGUUCAAACCAAACAAUCGGCUGAGCCUAGAGUCUACUUCACUACAUGUGAAUGUUGCACCUUCACAGCAUCAAAAUCCCUUUGGAGCUCGGAAUUUCAAAACACAUUACACUUCCAACAACAAGGGUCGACCAUUCUAUGACUAUCGUAUAAGGCCAGGCCAAACAAAGGACAAAUGUUACAAACUACAUGGAUAUCCCCAGAACAAUUCUCACAACAAUCAGAAUUCAAAUCGCACUAACACUCAACAAUUCAACCAGGGAAAUAACUCAGGUCGAACUCAAGGUCACAAAUUCAAUAGAGGGAAAGGAGCUGUGGCAAAUGUACAUGGAGUCCCAGCUGAUCUGCUGCAUGAGAAGGAAGAUGAUCUAAUCCUAUAA